AUGCAAAAAUUCUGGAAGUUGCGUAGCGAAUUGAAAACCUACAAAGAUAAGAUUGCUUAUCAAAUUCUCGACAAGUUGUGGUUUACAUCCCGAGAUGUGCGAAGAAGAACCAUCAGUAAAGACCUGGAGGCUGACACGAUCCUUGGUUGGCUCUGCAAUGUACAAGAGAGCACUCGCAAGUAUCUCAUCAGUAAAAUCCCCGCUUUGAAACCACUUUGGUGA